UAUAUACUAGCCGUUACGCCCCUCUCUCUCUAGCUCCUCACUUCCCUAUCUACUCUCUCUCUCCAAUAUGAGCUCGAUCGAAAACGCUUCCAAGAAGCCAUCUAUGGCCCCUGAAUCUUCGAACCCAGGAACACUUUUCUCUACCAAGACCCCCGACAAGACGGCGAUUCUCUCAACCAGACCUCGUGACAGCGACAAAGCCGUUAGGAGACAGAUCUUGAUUUCGCCCAGAAAACCUGAAACAACCGUGAAAUUACCCGAAAGGUUUGAGAUUCUGGAUGAAUGCUUUAAUGGGUUGGUCACCGCGAUUAGGUUGCUCAAGCUAAAGGGCUCUUUGACUUCGUUUGCUAAUAUAUGCCCCAAGAUUGAGUAUCUUACUAAUCGGAUCUUGUCGUAUGACCAUUUGGCUCAGAUGAAACAUAUUUAUUCAGAAGCCAUUGAAGUAAAGAGAGUUUUGAAGUGUGAUUCAGAAACAAGUUGUAUGAAACCUACUCUUCACAUUAACUUAAACACCGAUGCAAUUGAACUUGAAGAUACAAGUUGCGGAACUAAAUACAUGCAGCUUAGAAAGGUGUUCUACUCAAAGCUUGUAGAUUUUUACAAAUCUCAUCCUAAGGACGAGAUUCCUAAAGAUCUGCUUCCUGAACCGUUCAAUUUCUCAAAAAGGAUUAGUGAUUCAGACACAAUAAGUGUUGUAGACGUGGGAGCAUUUAAACUUGAAAAUGAUGGGUUUGAUGUUCAAAUGGAGGAGAUGGAGCAGGAAGAAGAUAAAGUUAACAAAGUGACUCCAGAUUCGGCUUUAUCAGAUGGUACUGAGGAAUGUUUGUUACCAAACACAGAGUCAACCCCAGCCAAAGUUUUGUCAACUCCCUCCAAGGAUCUGUCAACACCAAUCAAGCUCAUGAGUGCUACACCUACGUUGCAGCCAUCUAGACGGUGUAUCACAAUGACUCCAGAUGAUGACAAUGAAUCGGUUAGAUCAACAAAUGAUCUGGAAAGGCGCUCUUCUCGCACUAGGUGUCUGAAUUUCGACACUCUCGAGGAGGAAGAAGAUGGAACAGUCAGUGACGAAUCUAAUGAUGAAGCAAACGAUGAUGAAGCUAGUGAUGCUUCCUCCGAUGAAGAUAGUGAUGCUUCCUACGAUGAAAUUAGUCUUCUGCACUCAAUGAUAGAGGAACCAAGGGCUGAAACCGUGAAGCAAAACUUGCCUAAGCUUGUUGAUGUG